UUUGGGCAACAGCCUCGAACCCGUGAAUCACUUCAAGACUUCAAGACUUCAAGACUACUCCCCGGAGCGACACUUCUUGAUGUAAAACGGUUCGCAGGACAUUCUCACUGGCAAAAUGUCAAGCAUACGAAGGAAGCUAAUGACAGAGCAAAGGCGAGAACUUUAUCGUUUGUUAAAGCUGGGGGUGGUGUCAGGGAUCCAAAGUUAAAUGAACAUCUUGCAGCAGUACUCGCGGAAGCUAAAGCGAAUUCUGUUCCAAGUUCCACUCUUCAGAGGGUUCUAAACGCGGAAAAUACUACCGAUCCUUACAUAAUUGAAGUACAAGCCCAAGGUGGAUUAUUCAUUCUUAUCGAAAGUUGUGCUUACCCCGUCAAUCCCGAAAGGCAGCGGCUAUCUUCCAUUGUGAAGAGAUACGGGCUAGAUAUAUUCAAACUUAAGUGUGAAAUGGAGUCAAGUCAAGAAGCGGCUUUAAUUAGUGUUAGUAACAAUUAUUAUUAA